UGUGACAGGCAAGAGCUUAAAUACAAGCCCACGAGGAAGCUGAGCUGGUUUGUAAUGAUAGGGCAGCAGCCGCCGCAGCAACAGUGGUAGUGCGAGGAGGUGGAGAACUGAGGGCACCAUGAACACACAGGUGUUUCUGAGUAGUAAUUAGAUAGCUGGGAAGGAUAAAACACACCUCUGAGUUUCUACCUGUGUUCGUAAUAGCGCUGAGAGAGACAAUCUGAAAGCAAAGAGGAGAUCAGUCACACCAAGAGACACUGAAGUUGAAAGUUUUGGUUUUCUUUUCCUGUGUUGUCUUUUUCCCCUGGUGUCACUACUAUGGUCAGAAAACCUGUUGUGUCCACCAUCUCCAAAAGGAGUUACCUGCAGGGAAACGUGAACGGGAAGCUGCCUUCCAUGGGUGGCAAGGAGCCCCCUGGGCAGGAGAAAGUGGUGCUCAAGAAGAAAAUCACCUUACUGAGGGGAAUCUCCAUUAUCAUUGGCACCAUCAUCGGCGCAGGAAUCUUCAUCUCCCCCAAGGGUGUGCUGCGCAACACCGGCACCGUGGGCAUGUCUCUGGUCGUCUGGACGCUCUGCGGAGUCCUGUCCCUGUUCGGAGCCUUGUCCUAUGCUGAACUGGGAACAAGUAUAAAGAAAUCUGGUGGCCAUUACACUUAUAUUCUGGAAGUCUUUGGUCCAUUGCUAGCUUUUGUACGAGUCUGGGUUGAACUGCUCAUAAUACGCCCUGCAGCGACUGCUGUGAUAUCCCUGGCAUUUGGACGCUACAUUCUGGAACCAUUUUUUAUUCAAUGUGAAAUUCCUGAACUUGCGAUCAAGCUGGUUACAGCUGUGGGUAUAACUGCAGUGAUGGUCCUAAAUAGCAUGAGUGUCAGCUGGAGUGCCCGGAUCCAGAUUUUUCUAACCUUUUGCAAGCUCACAGCAAUUCUGAUAAUUAUAGUCCCUGGAGUUAUGCAGUUAAUUAAAGGACAAACACAGCACUUUAAAGAUGCCUUUUCAGGGAGAGAUGCCAGUGUUAUGGGAUUGCCCCUGGCUUUUUAUUAUGGAAUGUACGCAUAUGCUGGCUGGUUUUACCUCAACUUUGUUACUGAAGAAGUAGAAAACCCAGAAAGAACUGUUCCUCUUGCAAUAUGUAUAUCCAUGGCCAUCGUCACCAUUGGCUACGUGCUAACAAAUGUGGCCUACUUUACAACCAUUAGCGCUGAGGAGCUGUUGCUUUCAAAUGCAGUGGCAGUGACCUUUUCUGAACGGCUCCUGGGAAAUUUCUCAUUAGCAGUUCCGAUCUUUGUGGCCCUCUCCUGCUUUGGCUCCAUGAAUGGAGGUGUGUUUGCUGUCUCCAGGUUAUUCUACGUUGCGUCUCGAGAGGGUCACCUUCCAGAAAUCCUCUCCAUGAUUCAUGUCCGCAAGCACACUCCUCUGCCAGCUGUUAUUGUUUUGCACCCUUUAACAAUGAUAAUGCUCUUCUCUGGCGACCUCUACAGUCUUCUGAAUUUCCUCAGCUUUGCCAGGUGGCUUUUUAUUGGGCUGGCAGUUGCUGGGCUGAUUUAUCUUCGAUACAAACGCCCAGAUAUGCAGCGUCCUUUCAAGGUACCACUCUUCAUCCCAGCUUUGUUCUCCUUCACCUGCUUCUUCAUGGUUGCCCUUUCCCUUUAUUCGGACCCAUUCAGUACAGGGAUUGGCUUCGUCAUCACUCUGAGCGGGGUCCCUGCAUACUAUCUCUUUAUAAUAUGGGACAAGAAACCCAAGUGGUUUCGAAGAAUGUCAGACACAAUAACCAGAACAUUACAGAUAAUACUGGAAGUUGUACCUGAAGAAGACUGUCGUAAAUAACAAACUAAUGAAUUUGAAAUCUUGGUAAUUUGCACUUGGGCAAAGACACAGCAUGGAUAUUUACUGCAUUUUCUGAAAAUCAAGAAAAUUGAAACUUGAUGGUGUACUAAAGGAUUCAAUUAUUUUUAUUCAUAUAUUUUAGUGUAUUCAAACUAAUUUCUAAAAAAUUUAGUUAUGACUCCAUGUAGUUAUAGAAAGCUAAUAGGCAAUUGAACCAUGAGUUCACAUAAUUCUUGAGUCUCUAUUAGGGUUAGGGAGAAAGACUGAGGCAACGGAUGGUUACUUGAAUGGUCAUUCUCUACAACAUAUCUUAUCAAAGUUAAGCACCUUCAAAUUGAAAACUGAGAUGUUUUCUGUAUAUAUAGAUUUGUAAACACGGUUUUAUAUACUGUAGAUUACUAUACUGUGAAAAGUGUUUUCUAUUCUUCUGAAAAAAUAUAGUACACAUCAUUAUGACAAAGAAGAUAGAAAAAAUAUUUUAUAUUGGCAUUGCAUUGCUUCCCAUUAGAUAACAAUUUAGCUAUCACUGAUCUUUAAAUGGAUUAUACCUAGAGCAUGUUGAACAAAAGACAGGGACAGAGAGAGUAAGCCUACUUAUUUGAAUACAUUAAAGAAGAGCUUCUAGGGGGGCUAUUACUUAUGAGAAAUCUGACAUUUAUGUUUGAGCAAAAAUCUUUGAGGAUUUAUUGUGUUACGUGUUUUUUUUUUUUCAGUCAUUAUCAGGAAGUUCCACAGUUAUGUGCCAUUUAGUUGUCAUGUCAGUCAGUUUGAUCAGGGAAGUUUGUAAUGUUUCUUAGGGCAGGUGUCACUUUGGUGUUAAAUCCUCUGAAGGAUACCAUCUGCUUCACUAAUAAUUUACCCUUUGAUGAAUACACACACCCACACACACACAUGCAUUUAAAUUAUAUAGCUAAUAAAUUAUAAUAGUAUGAGAGAAAUCAUGAACAAGGGAAGUGUCUGAAACGUCCAGUCUAUUCCUAUAAUCAUACUAUAUGCCAUAUUAGUAAUUCUGAACAAUUUUUUUUAAUCUCAUGGCUAUUUUUACAUGGUGAUGAAUUUGACAGUGUGUAAAUUUCCUUUAUACAUUUUGUAUUCUGCUAAAAUAUCUCUUUGGAUAAAAACGUUCAAAUAAAUUAGGAAAAGGCAUAUAUUUACAUAAAAAUUGAGGAGGAAAUGUCACUGCUAAAUAAGAUUUACAACUGAUGCUUCUAAAAAUUUCCCAUGUCAAUGUCUAGGCUUAGUCAGUAAUUUCUUCACCUUAAUUAUCAUUCAACUUGCAAAAGAGAUAACUGUUAGUAAGUUCAUUGAAAGAAGAAACUGUGCAUGAAUGUGUGCUGAAAUGUAUUAUGCCAGGAUUAGAAAAUAUUGUGGAAUUUUCAAAGGAAGCUAACAUGAUAAAAUGUUUUACUUAUCAUAACUACCUAAGAUUAAAUUGUUAGUCAUAGUCAUCUUUUAAUUUUUGUUCAUUUCAAAAUAAGAAUUUUUGAAGGAAUUACAAUGAUUAAAAUCAUUAAAAAUAGACAUAGAGUUCACUGAAAUUUACCCAAAAUUGAAAUGGAGAUUUAUAAUUUGAAGCAAUUCCAAUUCAUUAAUUUCAAUUUUUGAUCCUGAUAAAUUUAAUAUAUAUUCAAGAUUGAUGAUUUUUAAGCUAAACCUAUAAUUUGAGUCACUAAGGGAAUUAUUAUCAAUUUCUUUUUAAAUAAUAAAUAUUUAUUUAUUUAUUUGAAAGGCAGUGAAAGAGAGAUAGAGAGAAAGAAGUAUUUUCCAUCUGCUGGUUCACUCAUUUUUUAAAAAGAUUUAUUUUAUUUAUUUGAAAGAUAAGCAUUACAGUGAGAGGUAGAGCUGUUUCACUCCACAAAUAGCCACAAUGGCCUGAGCUGAAUUGAUCUGAAGCCAGGGACCAGCUUCUUCCAUGUCUCCCACAUGGGUGCAAGGGCCCAACCACUUGGGCAACUCAUCCACUGCUUUCCUAGGCCACUUGAACCUGUGGCCAUAUGGGAUGCCAGAGUUGCAGGCCAGGGCUUUAACUCACUGGGUCACAGUGCUGUCCUUAGCUCACUGUUCAAAUGGCCGCAUCAGCCAGGUCUGGGCCAAACUGAUACCAGGAGCCAGGAACUUCAUAGUGGUCCUCAUGUGGGUGGCAGGGACCCAGGGAUUUGGACCAUCUUCUGUUGCUUUCUCAGGUAUGUUAGUAGGGAGCUGAUUCAGAAGUGGAGUAGCUGAGACUUGAACCUGCAGUCCUAUGUAUGAUGCUGAUAUUGCAAGCUAUGGCUUAACCUGCUGUGCCACAACUCUGACUCCAAAAAUUUUCUUUAUUUUACUCUUAGCUCCAAGUUUUCCAGAUUUAUCUGCAGUCCUUAUUUAAAAUAUACACUUUCCAUUUCUCAGCAUCUCUCCCUUGGAUGUAUUGCUAGAAGUAAAACAUUUUAUAUAUUCGUAUGUUUUACACAAUCUAGGCCCAUUUAAUCUGUACAAGGGAACUCUUCUUGAGCUGAUGUUAAUGUGCAAAUAUUGACAGUGAUAGAUUUGGCUCAUUUAUUUGAUUGUUUUUGGUUCUAAUAUUUCUUUAAAUGUGUCAUUACAUGCUAACUGGAAUACAUACACAUUUCUCUCUUAUUUUCAAGAGGGAUUUUUGUAGGGUUAAAUUUCUGAUGCCAAUGGAAUCUCAUUUUAGCCAAAGUCAUCUAGUAAUUAAGAAAAUGGAGAGGGCGGGUAUGGUGGGAAAAAUCACCAUAUUCCUAAAGUUGUAAUUAUGAAAUGCAUGAAGUUUGCAUUCCUUAAAGGUUUCUGAUGAAUAAAAAAGAAAAUGGGGUAGGGGUUAUGUGUACUUCAGCUUAUUUUUAGGCUACACCAUGAGAAGACAAAAUAUUUCUUUAACUGCAGAAUCAGUAUUCUUAAUUUUUGUCUGAACUGGGGAAAUGUGAAGCAUAUCUAAUUCAGAAACUCUUGCAUGAUUAUUUAUGCAUAUUUUUUGAAAAAUUUUUAAAAUUUUAUUUAAAGUAUACAAAUUUCAUGUAUUUCAUAUAUACAGGUUUAGGAACAUAAGUGAUACUUCCCACCCUUCACUCCCUCCUGCCCACGCUCCCACCCAUCCUCCUCCUUCCUGUCUUUUUUUAUAGAAAGUAAAAUGUUUCUCAUAUUUCUAAAAUAAUAUACAAAAGGGAUUCUCAAAAAACUUGUAUAAAACACAUAUUACAAAAAUAUUUUGCUUGGAUUUCAAUUUUCUUACAUCAAAAUUAACUUACCUUUUAAUUUCACUGUCUAUGAACUUUUUGUAGCACCCUCAUAAAUGCUCUGAGUAUAACACAAAAAAUACAAGUGGUCAGUACUAUUUAAGAUAACUAAUAUUUUAUUAUCCAAUAUUCUUUUUCUGAGUACUUAGAGUCUCAAAGAUUUAAUUUUGAUUUUUAAAGAUCUAGUAUAGACUUCCAAAUCUAAAAUAUGAUUUUUUACAAAUAAAAUAUACUCUUUACACAGUUAUGAAUAUUUUUAGAAAAAUUUUUCUCACAAUGCUAUUCUGACCCCAUUUUUAAAGUAUUAGAUUAUUUUCCUUUGAUCAAAUAAAGAAAACUGGAUCACUAUAAAUGGUGAUUUGGUCAGCUGGAAGUAGGCUCUGUUCUUUUCUUUCUCUAGGAGAUAAAAGAUUUGUCCUAGAAAAGAUGCCUGACUCUAGUUCCAAACCUAAAAGUCAAGUGUGUGCAACUGCUUGCAUGUACACUUAUCUAGAAGUACCCCCAGCUUUCUGGUACAAAAUUUGGACAGUUGAUUAAGUUGCAUGACAAUGCAAGGCAGUUUCUUUAACAUUAAAAUAUACAUAUUGAAAAAUAUUUCCAGAAUGUCUUAUAUGUCUGGUAAAACUGUUUCCCCACUUGCUAUUUUACACAUCAACAGAUGGUUAAUGUGAAUAUAAUUAUACAAGAGAAUUCUUCAUAAACUGUAAUCAGUCUUCAAGAAACUCAUUAUUUUAUCUUGAUUUGCAGAUAAUGCAUAAUGCUAAGAAGUUUAGCACCUCUGAUAUUUGUUAAAAUUAAUCUCUUGUAAUUGAGUUGUAGGUUAUGAAAAGAUGAAAAACUGAAAGUCUGAGUAGCAAGAAAUAAAGACAGUAUAGGAUUGGAAAUAACAAUACUUUGAUGUUUUAGAAUCUUCUAUGCUAUAUGAUCAGAAAAAAAAUUAAGGACUGUCUGCUAUACAUGGUGGAUAUCCCAAACAUAAGUUGCCCAGCCUUUCACUCAGACAUGCCCCUCCCAAUUUUCUGUAGCUAACUUUGAAUUAGGAAUUUUGUAUUAAUUUUCUUGAAGAAGACCAGUAAAAUUGUUUAUCGCUGUGGCCCCACUAUAUCUUCAUCUAUCCCUGUGAAGAAGCAAUAACUCCCAUUAUCUUUCUUUUAGUAAUAAACAUGGGGUAUUUGUAGGAUAUAAUUUAAGUAUUAAAAUUGUGUUUAAUUUAAAUAUGUAUAUAUGAGUGCCUUAGUCAUUAUAUUUAUUUUGUGAUAUAUAAAGAUAUAGCAAUAUAUAAAGAUACAGUUUCACCCUUGUCAUACCUUAUUUGUUCAUUUUGAAUGAUAGACAAUGGAUUGGAUUCUAAUUGUGAAUCUUUUAAUUAAUUUGGAAAGAAAUACUCAUAGAGAGAUUUUGGAUUUGAAUGCCGAUGACUCAAGAAAUUUGAUUUUACUUGAAUAUAAUUUUGCUUCAUUUUGCCCCACAUGAUAUGCAGUACGUUGGUGCUGAUAAUGUUUACAGUUACAUUUUACUUCCUUAAGGGUUUAAAGUCAAGAAUUAAAGCAUGUCAUUGAAUAACUGGCAAGAAAACCCUUAGUGGAUUUAAAUUAGAGUAGCUGUUGAGUCAUCUUGAUAGCUUCUGUUUACAUUAUUUAUAUAUCACUAAUUAAUUUCCUCGUAAACAGUAUUUUAAAAAAAAUCUCUCUCUCUCUCUAUAUCUAUAUAAUACCAAAAGUGUGACCUCUAGGUAGGCUCUAGCUUAUUAGAACUGUACUUAUAAAAGAUAUUUUAAUAGUCAAUUUUUUGAAAGAAUCCUUUCUUCAUUUUGUUGCAUUUUCAAAUUAGUUUCUAAAACUAAAUGUACUAUUUUAAAUUGGAUACAGAUGCAAAAAAUGUAAAUCAUGCUCUCACUGACACUUCACCAACUUUCUGUAUGUCAUGAGAUAUUCUCCUUGUUUAUCAUCUGAUAAUAUUAAUUUGAUUUUUGGACUAGUCCCCCAUUAUUUGAAUUAGUUAAUGAUUACAGUAGUUUUAUUUUUUUGCAUUAUGUCCUCUAGGUAGGAAGUGAAUUUUACUUUGAAUUUACACAGUUAUCUAGAUUUGCUUAAUAUGAGUCUUUUAAAGGUUACUUUUAUGAGAGCUUUCCUCACACCAGUCUUUGUUACCAUUGGCUUUAAAAUGCACAGAGGAUGGUUUUGUCUCCAAAUACCUAUCAGCUACAUGUCUACCAUCUAGUGUGCUUGGAUCAAGGGUACAUAUCUAUCAGCAAUAAUUGCCUUCGUGCUUUAAUAGAUCUCGUUCUCUCAAAAAACCAAGGAACAUUGGGUAUCAGAGCCAUACAGAUGGCUGCAGUGGUUUGAAAGUUGAACAUUUUUCUCAACUCAUACACUACUGAUUAAAAGAACAAAUGUGUGACUUUCUAGUGAAUUAAUUUAUUGGUUAGUAAGCCUGCGUGCUAUGUACUCAUUACCUCUUGUUGAAGCUUCCUCUGAAAGAAUACACAUACACACACACACGACUAAUGCACAGUUAUUUCUUUUGCAGGGGUAGCUGUAUUUUGAGCACUUUGUGCAGCAGGGUAUUUGCACAGCAUUUAUGGAAAAAUGUGUUAGCCUUUGGAAGGUAGAGCUGUAUAACUGGGUCAGGCGAUGAGUGUCUGUGGAUUGUGAAGUUGGACCUCACACAUUCCUACUAAUUAACCUUGUUAGAUGUAUGUUUGGAAGUACUAUUUUGUUACACCACUAAACAAUGCAAUGUGACUCCAUAGUUCUAGGUUUGAGCUGUCAUAUUUCAAAAUUUUUUUAUUCUAAACUCGUUAUUUUUUUUAAAAAAAUAUAGAGAAUGUUUUAUUAAAGCAGAAAAAUACUUUGAGCAAUAUAACACAUGGUUUCAAAAGAACAUGUGCCCAUAACAGAAUAGAAACAAUCUGCAUUAAACUGGUAUUUAUACUAAUUAUUUCAAACACUACUCCAAACACUUUUUUAAUGCUUUGAAAGCAAAAGCCAGUAUAUAUGGAUAUGGUUAUUGCACAAGCCACCAGAAUCCUACAACACCCUUAAAUAAUCUAAGCCUCUCCUUGGAGAAAUUUUGUUACUGAUAAGUUUGCCUUGUGAAUGUUAUUGCUACUGCUAUACAUCUGGAAUGAAACUUUUAAUAGCUCUCAAAACUAGGUUUAUUUUUAAUGUUAUCCAUAUUCAGAGAGUGGACCCUUUUAAAGUAACUCCUACAAUACAUUGUUAUGUAUUGUUAUAUUAGGGUAUAUUUUGCUUUAAAAUGUAGGUUAUUUUAAACAUGAAUAUUGGCUCCCAAUUUUUCUGUAUAUGGAUUACAGUACAAUAGUAAUGAAUGUUCAGUGUCAUAUCUCAACUUUUGGGGACUUUGCAAGCAUAAGCAUCAGACAUGUUAAGAAUAUAUACGUUACUACUAUGAAAUGCAUUGUUUUCUCCGUAAGCCAAACAGGGAAGCAAACAUGCAUCAAACAUGUUCUACUGAUGCUAAAUGUUGGGUACCUGUGGUUUCUGACAUAAUAAGCAUAUGUCAGAAAAAGACAAGACAAACGGUCUCUUGUAUGACUAUUUGAUGAACUUAAUUUGUGUUACUUUUCCGACAGGAUUAGACUAUACAUUUUACAGAGCUUGGUUCUUACCUAUCUUAGAGUGGAUUACAUGGUAGUGAUGCACUGGUAGAAAUGGUUUUUCAUUAUUGACUCAGAAUUUACUUUAUAAUGUCUUUCUGGUAUUUUUAUUGUAAGUAUAUCUGGGAUUAUUUUGUUAAACUGAAUUUUUAGAGCUUUGUCUAAAAAUCUGACUUAAUAAAUAGCUUCUUUUUCAGUUGUGAAGGGGUGAAAAAUUCAUAUGUAUGUGUUUGUAUGUUCACAUUAACAUAUGUCUAGGUACUACAGAUGAAUGUAUUUAAAUGCCUUUAUAUUCUGUGGCAAGUUCCAGUAAUGUGCAGCAAAAGACUCAGGUGGUGGCAGGUUACUCAUCAGGUUAUACUGGCAGUCAUCUCUUUGAUCUGUCCUUAAACAUAAUGUACAGACCAGCUCAAUUCCUAACUUGGGUCUGGAAUGCAUUUGUCAUGACUGUGAACCAUUCCCCAAAUUGCAGGGUCAAGGGAGGUUUGGCCCGUGAUCUAAAAUACAGGGACAGAAAGAUCCAGCUAGGGAAGAGUGAUCUUCAAAAUCCUAAAUGGUCUUCUUUUGUGCACUCUGGCAUUAUGGUAAUGAAACUUGGCAGGUGAUUGUGGGUGUUUUAUAAAAUUGUAACACAAUGUCUUAUGUCAAUUGAUAAAUUCUUAAAGAGGAAAAUUGCUUUUCUGCAUCUACAUUCCAUGCAUAUUAGGAGUAGUAAUAUACUAAACUAUGAAAACAUAAAUGGUGCAAAGGGACUUUCAUUUGUGGAUUGUGUCAUGUUUCUUAGGGUUCCUUGGCACUGAUGCAUAGACCAGCAUGAGCUAUGUGAAGUAAAAUGGAUUCUUCUACGGCUAAAUGAUUUCCCUCUGGGGAGAGAUCUGGUGCAGCAGUCACACUGCCAGAUGGUGUUUAUGGGCUAUUUGUGUAAGUGGUAAAAUGCUAUGAAAUCAGUGUGCUUUCAUCUGGUGGAACCUCUUGAUGCAUGUGUUUUUGUAUGGAAUAAAUUUUGGUGCAAUAUGAUGUCACUCAACUUUGCAUUGAACUUAAUUUUAGUUGUGUUUAUGUGUAUAAUAUAUAUAUAUAUAUGUACCUCUCAUGCUUCUAG